UGAGCCAGUAAUCCAUUAAGGUCAACGGCCCUUGUCCUGGAGCCUGAGAUAGCUGGAAUUCCAUCAGUCAGGCAAACCUUGUCACACACCCCUCUUUACAAAAAAGAUUCUCCAUCAGCUUCAAAAAGCCUUGGUGGAAAUUGUGACAUGGAAGUGGAUGAAUUAUCUGGAGCCCCCAAGUAAAGAUUGCUCUGUUUUUCCCAGCAGGAUAGAGGUAGGAUAGUUUUGAGGGUUUACUAGCUUGGGGUUAUUUCACCCAGUAAGUCUACAUGUCUUUAUUUGGGACUGAGAGACAUUAUAGUGACCUGCAACAGGCAUUCUUGUGAGUAGAUAGAAAGUUAUAAGUUUGUCUCCUCUUUCUUCUGCAGGGAAACACAAGUCCAUUUUCGUGGAGUCCACCUACAGUCACUAUGUGUGAGGACUUCCCCAAGUCCACUGAGGACUAUUAUUUCCUCUGUGACACAGAGGGGCCAUGGCGCAUUGUCCUGGAGUGCCUGGCAAUCAUUGGCAUUGUGGUUACAGUUAUUCUGCUCUUGGCACUUCUCUUCCUCGUGUGUAAAGUUCAAGACUGUGGCCAGUGGAAUGUCCUCCCCACCCAGAUCCUCUUCCUCCUGGGUGUGCUGGGGCUCUUUGGCCUUGCUUUUGCCUUCAUCAUGCCAUUCAAUCAGCAAACUGCUCCUGUACGCUACUUCUUCUUUGGGGUUCUCUUUGCUCUCUGUUUUGCAUGCCUCUUGGCUCAUGCCUCCAACCUGGUGAAGUUGGUCCGGGGUGGCGUCUCCCUCUCUUGGACCACAAUUCUGUGCAUUGCUGUUGGUUUGAGCCUGUUGCAGACCAUCAUUGCCAUUGAGUAUGUGACUCUCAUAAUGACCAGAGGUAUGAUGUUUGUGCAUAUGACGCCCUGCCAGCUCAAUGUGGACUUCGUUGUGCUCCUGGUCUAUGUCCUUCUCCUGAUGGCCCUCACAUUCUUCGUCUCCAAAGCCACCUUUUGUGGCCCAUGUGAGAACUGGAAGCAGCAUGGAAGGCUCAUCUUCAUUACUAUGCUCAUCUCCAUCAUCAUCUGGGUGGUGUGGAUCUCCAUGCUCAUGAGGGGCAACCCGCAGCUCCAGCGGCAGCCCCAGUGGGAUGACCCUGUCAUCUGCAUUGCCCUGGUCACCAAUGCCUGGGUUUUCCUGCUGCUGUACAUCAUCCCCGAGCUCUGCAUUCUCUACAGAUGCUGGAAACAAGAUUGUGCUUUACCAGGCAACACCUGCUCAGUGCCGGCCUACCAAUGCGGCUUCAGAGCGGAGAACCAGGAACUCUCAAAAGCCCGAGACAGUGAUGGAGCUCAGGAGGAUGUAGCAUUAACUUCAUAUUCAGCUGCAGUUCCUUUGCAGACUGUUGACUCCACACAAGAGUAUCUCAUCCCACGGGCUAAACUAGGCCUCCAGCAAGAUGCGGCAUUCUGCAGUCCACAGGAUACGGGAGCAGUGAAGAACCGGACGACCAUCUUAAUGCAGCCCUGCUGGGCCUCUGGGGAGCCCACAGAGUCACACUGCCAACAAAAUGCCAACUCAUCCUUCCUUCUCUGCUUCCUUCUUCCAUUUGGACCCUUCAUCAGAAGACUGCCUUUUCAAGCAUAAUUACAAUCUUGCUGGCCACCCUCCCUGACUAUGUGUCUCUUUGUUCAUUCACGUAACUAAAAAAUUCCCUUCCUUAGCAAUGCUAGAACAAACUGGCUCCUCUUACUAAUGGAACCGAAAGACCUUGGUCUGA